CUUCCUGCUUCCUCCAGCUGACGGUCGUGGGCUCCGUUUCUGUCAGGUAGCUAGUUAGCAUUAGCAAAAACCUCAACUAAAUCUCACCAAAAAAAGGACCCAACUCAGCCUCCUUAAAACCCAAUGAUUGUGCGCCAGGUCACCUGCAGAGGCGUAACAAACUCUCACCUGUAUGCCCUCCUGAGAAGACCUCGGGUUAGCCAAGACAUGGCCAGACCCAGUUCAGACCUCGCUGCAUUCAGGGAGACUUUCUCUAAAGCAAACAACAUAGCCAUCAUCACCGGAGCAGGAGUGAGCGCCGAGAGCGGAGUCCCCACCUUCAGAGGAGCAGGAGGCUACUGGAGGAAAUGGGAAGCGCAGAAACUCGCCACUCCAGAGGCCUUCUCCAGGAAUCCCUCCCGUGUUUGGGAGUUUUACCACUACCGCCGCGAGGUCAUGCUCACAAAAAACCCCAACCCCGCCCACAUGGCCAUUGCCGAGUGUGAGGAGCGCCUGAGCAAACAGGGACGCAUGGUUACGGUCGUCACACAGAAUAUCGACGAGCUCCAUCGACGCGCCGGAUCCAAAAACAUCCUGGAAAUUCACGGAAGUCUGUUUAAAACACGCUGUAUGAGCUGCAGUCAUGAAGCAGCCAAUUACAAGAGCCCCAUCUGUGCCGCUCUGGAGGGAAAAGGAGCUCCAGACCCAGACACAGAUGACGCAGAGAUCCCUGUUGAACAGCUGCCCAGGUGCGAGCAGACAGGCUGUCACGGUCUCCUGAGACCAGCUGUGGUUUGGUUUGGAGAGACUCUGGACUCAGACAUCCUCACUCGUGCAGAGAAAGUGUUGGACAGCUGUGACCUCUGCCUUGUGGUUGGCACGUCGUCUGUCGUGUAUCCAGCAGCCAUGUUUGCCCCUCAGGUGGCAGCCAGAGGAGUCCCUGUGGCCGAAUUCAACAUGGAAAACACACCGGCCACCAUGCGCUUCAAGUUCCACUUCCAGGGCCCCUGUGGGACCAUUUUGCCCCCCGCGCUGGCACGCCACGAGACUGAGCAAAGUUAAAAAAAGAGUCCUGAACAUCAGCUGCACACAGACCAGACUGUCUAACACUGGAGGACUUUAUUGGUACACAUAUCAUAAAUAAUAGGUUGAGUGUCUAAAAUGAAUGGGCUUCAUGGGGAAAAAAGAUUUAAAUUUAAAAGAUCAAAAAAUUUAAAAAGAAAAGAAGUUUACUGUUUGUUCAUACACAUAAAUUAUUAUUAUUAAAUCAUAAAUUGUUAGAACUUCGGGCAUUUAAGUUCUAGUUGAUGCAUUUUUAAUUGUUUAAUUUAAUUGAUUAACAUUGAAUAUUAAACAUUGUAGCAAAUACUGCUAUGAUGCCAAAUCACACCAGUGCUCUGUGUUGACUGCUGCCAACAUUUAUAACAACAUAUUGUAACUCCUUGCAAAAUAAUUAACCUUGCUGUUUAUAGAUAUAUAAAUACAUGCAGGCCAACUUCAUCACUCACUUUUCAUUAAAUGCAUGGCGACUGUCUGACAGUAGGGGGCAGUGUUUAGCUGCUGCUGUGUACCACUGCACCUCCAAAACUGACUCCUUCCAAUGGAUCUGUGGGCUGGGAUAUGUGGGUGUGUGUGUGUGUGUGUGUCAAUUCAGUGUCUGAAUUUAUGGAUUGUGAUGAAUACUGUGUACGAUGCCUUCCAGUUGCCAUGAGUAAGCUCCAGUUAAACCAUGGAAACCAGUGACUGUGCAUUUCCACAGCCAGCCAUGAGAUGAAGAAUUUGUGACAUGUAUGUUGAGGUUUGGAGCAUAUUCAUAUGAAAUAAAUGUAUAAAGAGUG